CGAAAAAGACACUUUUCAGCUUCUGUUUUCUGCCGCAAACGCCACGAGAAGGGUGUCGGUGCCAGCUCCUCCAUUCCCCUCUUCAUCGUGUCACCUCAUAAGCUUGGAAGCAAUAUCGAUCUGCAUUUUUUUCUUUUUUGGGUGCGUUUCACUCUCUCUCUCUCUCUGAUAAAUUCCAUUUCAGUUGCCCGCCGGACCGGUCCAUCUGGUCGCCGACUCCAGUCAUGAAUCCCGAGUAUGACUAUCUGUUCAAGCUCUUGCUUAUUGGGGACUCUGGAGUUGGCAAGUCAUGUCUCCUUCUCAGAUUUGCGGAUGACUCAUAUCUGGAAAGUUACAUUAGCACAAUUGGUGUAGACUUUAAAAUCCGAACUGUGGAGCAAGAUGAGAAAACAAUUAAGCUCCAAAUUUGGGACACUGCUGGCCAGGAAAGGUUCAGGACAAUUACUAGCAGCUACUAUAGGGGAGCACAUGGCAUUAUCAUAGUUUAUGAUGUGACGGAUGAGGAAAGUUUCAAUAACGUCAAGCAGUGGUUGAGUGAGAUUGACCGCUAUGCAAGUGAAAAUGUAAACAAGCUCUUGGUGGGGAACAAGUCUGAUCUCACUGCUAACAGAGUUGUGUCUUAUGAAACUGCCAAGGCCUUUGCAGAUGAAAUUGGCAUUCCUUUCAUGGAGACGAGUGCAAAAAGUUCAACCAAUGUUGAGGAGGCUUUUAUGGCAAUGGCUGCUGACAUUAAGAAGAGGUAUCUCUUUGGUACUUACUACAUGUGCUAUCUUUUUCAAUCUUCUAAAUGGUUGUCACCAACUGUUGACAGCUUGUUUGAGUGUUGAUUGAGUCCCUUCAGUGUACUGCUUUACUAUAGCUUCAAUGAUAAAGCAAAGAAGCAUAAAGAUUUUUUUUUUCCAGAGAACUAGUUAAUUCUUGUUGCUGCUUAAAAGCUAACCAUAGAGACAAGGCCAUAGGCACCCUGAUAUCUCUCGUUUGCACUCAUCAAGUCAUAGAUUUGCACUUUAGGAGCAGUUGAUACUUAGGUACCUUGGGAGAAUGUUCACUCCAUGUGCAGAUAUCGUUGUCUUAUACAUUUGUCUACUCAAUUUCAUCUGUGCAGAAUGGCAAGUCAGCCGGCAUCAAAUGCUGGAAAGCCAUCAAUCGUGCAGAUACGUGGACAGCCAGUUGACCAGAAGUCUGGCUGCUGUUCGUCUUAGUUCGAAUUUGGUCAGCGUCCUGCAUCAACACCAUCAUGUGCAGGAUUGGCUUCUUACUAGUAGUAGCCUUGAUCAUAAUCCAUUCCCAAUAUUUGUCCAUUAUCUUUUUUCUGUUCAUCUAAACACGUCUGCUGUUCGGUUGUCCUGCCUCUUGUUUCCUUGUUCAUGUUCAUGUAUCUUUUUCAUUUUGUUUGGGUCUAACUGUGAAGGCCAUGUACAAAGUGAUGCGUUACUUAAAAGCUUCAGUAAAUGGCAUUGUUCUUUUAUGUCAAAAACCUUCCAUGCUCAACAUUUUGUGGCUUUCUCAUCAUUCAUUUCAUUGCAUCACGCCAGAACUAAUAAUCCAGUUUCCGUUGA